UGAUAAAUGAGCGUCGCAUAAGCCGACAAGCGAACUAAAUAACUACUUAUAUAGUAGUUACAAACAAAAAGGGGACAACGAUGACAAAAAUCCACACUUUACAGCAAAGCAAAGCAAAGCACACACACCAAUGCAGCGCAAUGCCAAGUGCGAAAUAGCGAAAAGAGAGACGGAUGCCGCCGAGAAAUCAAAAGGAAACAGACAACAAUGACAUGUGGAUGGGAAUAAUAAGCAUGAGUUAGUGUUCCUCCUGAUGAUCGACAUGUGCCUCCCGGGGGAAAAAAUAAAUCGAAUCAAAUCAAAUCAAAUCAUAGAUGAAGGAACGGAACGGAAGUGGUAUGAAACGCAGGGAAGAAAUCAGAAAACUAACGAAGUGACUAACAUAUGCAGAUGAUGCAAAUCUGGGGUGUGUGCGGCGAUGGCGAUGAGUGGUGAAACAGAAAAAAAAAUAAAAUAAAAUAAGAAGCCGAAAUGAUCUCAAUAACAACGACAGACAGUAACAAUGACAAUGAUGAUGAUGAGAACAGAUGAAAAGACAAAUAAACAGAAUAAUCAGGUGCGAGCGAUGCCAAUUUGAAACCUCAAUUUGUCCUCCCUGAUGAAUUUUUUUUUUCUGACUUUUUCUUUUUUUUGCGAUUUUCAACAGGCUAAUCGCGAACAAAGGGAACCAAACGAUAAAAUCAAAACCGAAACUCAAAACUGGAAAAUAAGAAAAAAGACGAAAAAAGAAACAGAAGAUGCCAGAUAACCGUCCGUCCCCAUCUCAGAUCCGGUUGUCACUUCUCCUAAUAUCCGCCCCCAUCAUGUCUGCGCGCGAAUAUCUCCAGACAAGACACACAAGAGGGCGGAUAUCGAUAAUUGGAAAAAAAUCGUUGUCAUCGAAACAACCCGAACCUGGAUUUCUUCUCCCCCUCCUUCUCCUCAAACAGGCUCACUACCUUACUAUGCCGUUCAAUCUAGCUAGUAAGGUAGAGUAGCAAUCAACCUAACCUGUGGCACCCACCCCCCGGAGGAGGAGGGGGAAAGGGCAUAGCAUGAAACUAUCUAGCCACCGUGGUUAGGGCAGUUGUAGCCCUCUCGGCGGCGGAUCUGCUGUCUGACGCCAGUGCAGGAGGUCCCUCGCUUGGCGCAGUAGACGACAUCACCCUCAGCGACGGUGCAGC